CGCAGAAGAUGACCGGGAAACCUCCCCGGAUGGUCAUGCUGAGGCCAGUUCUCCUCGUCCAGGUCGAUCAUCCUCUCUUGAGCUUCUUAAUUUCAUUUUCUUUAUUUUAUGUACACUCCUCGAAAAAUAACCGAUCAUCUUUUGCUUUGUUCUUUUUCAGACAUGAAUUUCAACAGGAUGACCACCAUCAUCGAGGAUGACGACGAUGAUGUCAAAGUCCUCCACUCCAACCGGUCUCCUAAUCGCAACUCUCCCUCUCCUCCUCAAAACCUUGGAGUUGAAGGGGCCUCAACUGCUCGGUGCUCUUCCUUUGAUGAUCUCAUUCGAGAUAAGCAGGUGAAGUCACCCUCAGCCCUCCAUUUCUCCGAAGGCGACCGGGUUGAAUCCAAGUCCAAGGAGGCCAGCCAUUCUUCUUCCCGUGCUAAGGGCCAAAAAAGGAAAGGGUCCCAAAAGAGCUCCAAGGGAGACAGGAAGAAGAAGGUCAGGUUAUCAGAUACGGAGGGGGAGUCCAUCGAAGAAGCCUUCCUAUCCCUGGCCAAAAAACUCAGCAAGGCCGGGGUCAUUUCAGAAGAGAUUGGCCAAAGUCUGCUGGAGCCAAAAGACCAGGUUCUCCUGGUUCUGAAAUCCCGAGAAUCUCCGCCGUCAAUGGAGGAAGCGAUCCGGAAUCUGUGGGAAGAAGUUAGGGAUCUCAGCUUUGGCACCACCUCACAGAUCGACCACCUCCCCUCUCCCCCAACCUCUCUACAUUUCCUCCGCCACUACGUCUCCCCCAACAAACCCUGCCUCAUCUCCGGCGCCGUCGCCCACUGGCCCGCCUCCACUCUCUGGCACUCCACCGAUUACCUCCUCUCCUCCCUCUCCUCUUCCUCCGUCUCCCUCCACCUAACCCCGACCGGCCGAGCCGACUCCAUUACCCCCCUCCCCUCCUCCACCGAAUCCCUCUGCUUCGCCUCCGCCCACGUCGAGCGCCUCGCUUUCCCCGACGCUCUCCGGUCGGUCCUUCAAUCGGACGGCUGCUCCGCCGUCGCUUACCUCCAGCAACAGAACGAUUGCUUCCGUUCGGAGUACGAGGCGCUCCGUCCCGACUGCGAAUCGCACAUUGAUUGGGCGUCGGAGGCACUCGGAUGCCUUCCGGAUGCUGUGAAUCUGUGGAUCGGGAACGAUCUGUCCGAGACAUCUUUCCAUAAGGACCAUUACGAGAAUCUCUACGCCGUGAUCACCGGGGAGAAGCAUUUUCUGCUUCUUCCUCCCACUGACGUCCAUAGGAUGUAUAUCAGAGAGUAUCCGGCUGCUCAAUAUCACUAUUCCCAGGAGAGCAAGGAGUUCUCCUUGGAACUGGAAGAACCAGUUAGGUAUGUGCCAUGGAGCAGUGUGAAUCCAUACCCUUCACCUGAUGUGAAGGAGAAAGAAAUAGCAGAGUUCCCUCUAUAUUUCAAUGGGCCUAAGCCAUUUGAAGUCACAGUAAAGGCUGGGGAAGUUCUUUACUUGCCUAGUAUGUGGUUCCAUCAUGUGAGACAGAGUCCAGACAGAAGAGGACUCACCAUUGCACUAAACUACUGGUAUGAUAUGCAGUUUGAUGUCAAAUAUGCCUACUUCAACUUCCUGCAAUCUAUACCUGCUUCUUCAAUACACAAAAACCAAACCCCAAGUUGCAGAGUGUGCACAGGAUCAUGUUCUUGUACAUCUGCAUGCAUUCAAUAAAUACACAAAUCCAACAUCUUUGCUUGGUCCUGUCAUGGAAUGGGCUAACAAGGAGUUUGGCUCGUGAGAGCUCUCCUAAUGGGCCACGGCGGACACGCUGGCUGAAUGCCAACCUUGUUUACAAAUGGGCUCGGGUUGCUUAUUGGGCUCAGUUAGCGUUGCGGCCUUCUUGGCAAGCCCACGUGUGUUGCAGGUUCUGCGGGUCAGCGCGUAUGGUUUGUGGGCCUACCCAUCAUUGGCUUUAUGCUCAUUCGUUCCAACAUGGCGGGUAGUUAGUUUUUAUUUAAUUGAUGAUAGAAGUUUAUCAAAUUUAACUCCAAAAGGUUAAACUGGAUGAGACGGAUAUAAUAAGAGACACUUUGAGAAAGGGU